CUGCGGGCGCCGAUCUCCAGGCGCGCAACCUCAAGUCCUGGGCGCCCAUUCACAGUGCGGCCAACGGGGGGCACUUGGAGGCCGCACUGCGCCUGGUGCUAGCAGGUGCAAGCUGGCGGCCAGGCAGAGGGGCUGGCGCCGCUGAUGCCGAUGUUGUCAAGCUGCUUGUGCGCAAGGGUGGCUUCAAG